AUGUGGAGAUGCAGCACUGAGCGAUGUGGUCGGUGGGUUGGGGUUGCAUUCAGUGAUCUUAGUGGUCUUUUCCAAACCUUAAUGAUUCUGUGAUUCUAUGCAGUGUUCCAUGGCAGAGAGUAGACCUGAAUGAGUUUUAAGGCCCCUUCCAACUCAAACCAUUCCAUGGUUCCUUGAUUCUAUGAAAAACCAGUUGGCUACUGCAUCCACAUGCCCCGGCCAUCCCGAGGAGGUGCCAUGGGGAUGAAAGGGCAUCCACAGAGCAUCUGCAGAGCCUCCAAUUCCACGUACAGCAUCAAGGAAUCAUACAAGAACCAGACUGAAAAAACCGUGAAGGGUCAGCAAUGCCAAAAGCAAGAAGCAGAGUGUCUGCCUGUCCCCACCUUCCCCCUACCUCCUGUGGGACUAUAUUUCUGCUGCUGGGGACUUUGACAUGGACUACAGUGACCCUAUGGGUUUCCAGAGGAUGGACCAUGGGCACCAGGGACUCCACCUCCCAGGUCCAAAGUAGAGACUUUGACCCCAUUGCCCAGCACAGGGUGCGGCUGCAAGCCCUGGACACUCAGACCUUGGACUGUGGGGCUCCAAACAAGCUACGCUGCACCAGGGGCUCUGUUGAAGCCUCCAAAAUCCAUAGAGGCUGCCUGGAGAACUCUGCAGAGCCCAGAGCCAUGCGCAUCGCUGUCAUCGGGGCUGGAGUGAUCGGCCUGUCCACCGCCCUGUGCAUCCAUGACCGCUUCCAUGCACUGGUGCCCCAGCUGCAGCUGGAGGUCUAUGCCGACCGCUUCACGCCGCACACCACCAGCGAUGGGGCUGCAGGCCUGUGGCAGCCCUACCUGAGUGACCACGGCAAUCUGCAGGAGACGCUGUGGAACAAGGAGACCUUUGAGCACCUCCUGGGGUACCUCAACUUGCCAGAAGCGAAGGAAAUGGGACUGUUCCUGAUUUCUGGAUACAACCUGUUUAAGCAGCCUGUACCGGAUCCAUCUUGGAAGAACAUUGUCCUUGGCUUCAGGAACUUGACACCGAAAGAACUUGAACUCUUUCCUGGCUACAGCUAUGGCUGGUUCAACACGGCACUGAUGUUGGAGUGCAGGAGCUAUUUGCCCUGGCUGACCAACAGGCUGGCACAGAGAGGCGUGAAGUUCUUCCACAGGAAGGUCGAGUCCUUCGAGGAGAUGUUUUCCCAGGGAAUUGAUGUUGUCAUAAACUGCACUGGCAUCCGUGCUGGGGAGCUGCAGCCAGACCCAGCUCUGCAGCCUGCCCGUGGGCAAGUCAUCAAGGUCCUGGCCCCAUGGGUGAAGCACUUCAUUAUCACUCAUGACAUGGAGUCAGGGAUCUACAGCUCACCCUACAUCAUACCGGGGAGUGAGCUCACAGUUUUGGGAGGCAUCUACCAGCAAGGCAACUGGAACGAAGAGAACAGUGCUCAGGACCACAAGUCCAUCUGGGAGAGGUGCUGCAGGCUGCUGCCCACGCUGCAGAAAGCAGAGAUUGUGCAGGAGUGGAGUGGCUUGAGACCAGCACGUCCCAGUGUCCGCCUGGAGCGGGAGAGCAUUGGCCAUGGGCGUUUGAGGACAGAGGUCAUACACAACUACGGCCACGGUGGCUUUGGGAUCACCAUCCACUGGGGCUGUGCCAUGGCCACAGCCCGGCUGCUCGGGAACGUCCUGCAAGAGAAGCAGUCCCAGUCCCGCCUUUCUGCUGCUGCCAUUUGCCAGACGGCCGAAUUUCCUCCAUCAUGGCCUCGUGCAACCUACCCAAAGGAAGUGCUUGAAAACAUGGACUAAUUAUCUGUGACAAAGUGCACUUCUGUCUCAGGGAUCAGUCUGCAAAGGGCAGGUGGAGUUCAGCUGAAGCCUUGGCAGUCCUGCAGUUUAUCUGCACACUGGGACAGGAUCUGAAAGCGAGCUGGUGCCACGCGAGGUCUCCACUGGCUGCUCAGACACCCAGCACGUAAUUGGAUUUGCAAGCUGCCCCCAAGAGGCAAAAGCUCCUUAGUAGGAAGAAGCUCCUGGGGAAGUAACAAUGGCCUCACAAGCACGUGCUCCACUUGCAAUUGCUUUUCUUACGCUCAUGCUAGGACAAAGCAUGGGUCUGUGGCACCUGGUUAAUGUAUCUGGCAGCAGACAGCAGUGGUUACCUAAAAUGGCUUUCCAAGUGAUGUUUUUAGUAACAAAAGCAACAUGUUCCAGCCCUGUGUACUUGCCAAUUCCUAUAUAUAGCACAGUGCAUAUGCCAAAUAGCUGUUCUCGUCCCUAAAACUCCCACGGGCACUUUGGUUUCUCAUUUCCCUCAGCUGUGAGAUGUGGCUGGAGGUAGCAUUGGAGCUGUGCUGAUCAGAGGAGACAGGAACAGCUCCCGGGGGGUGACUCUUCUUGGAGAGAGGAGCAGGAGGUGGUCAGUGUCACUUCCAGGGGCCCCAGGCCUGGCUCUAGAGAUGAGCUUUGGCCUCUUGUUCUGUGCCACGUGCCUUUCCUGCUGUAAAGAUUUCACAAACAGAAAGGUGCUGUGAGGUCAGGAAGCAUCAGCCUCAGAUCCAAAGUGCCAUAUUGGUAAAUCAGGUGAGCUGCUGCAGUGCAGCCAGGUUUGUCUCACCUCCUCAGGAGCUGGAUUCAACAAUCCCAUGGCCCCUGCACCCUGCCCAUGGACCUGUCACAAUGCUUCAGGUUACCCAAGAGCGAGUGCUCAGUGCUGCAGGAAACAAUCCACACACACAAGACCUGCUGCCUCCAGGCAUGUAUGAGUCUUGUCUCAGUUUCUGAAGAGCUGUGGAGGUCACUGUGCCAGCACAGCCCCAGGAGACCUCCCCAUGACACGAUUCUCCACUGAACACUGUGAUUGUUCACACUCUGAACUUACCUAGUUUUACACAUUGUGAGCAGUGGGAACAACCUGAGAAGCUUUGCUGAGCACAUGAGCUCAGUGUUUGCCCUUGUACAAAUGCAGCAGUAGUUCUCACCAUAAGGGUUCUCCACCUUUUACAUCCUUGGUGCUUGCCUAUGCUGUGACACCUGCAGCGCCACUGUGGGAAUAAGAGCUCCUCUCAUGUCCAGUUUGUCUGCCAAAGGGUUUCCCACUUCAUCUGGCAGCUCACCUGAUGUACUGCAGUCACAUUCAGAGGAUUGUCAUGCAGAAAAGAACAGUGAAAAGAAAAUACCUAGAGAAAAUUUACCAUUGAUGGAUGCUAAACCUAAUUGUCUGUAAUAUUGCGACAGUAGGAGCUGAUUGGUGAAGUGGCAUCCACUUGAGUUCACUUAUUCCAAAUAUAUGAGGUAUUAAGGACUAUAUUCUCCUCACGUUUGUGCUGCUGUAACUCCAAACAAAGAAGCAAGCUGGCAAAAAGCAGUUGAUUCUUCUGAUCUCAGAGCCUGUAGGAACAGCUGCCCUGCAUCGGUCAGAAUGACAAAUGCAGUUGUAUGUGGCCUCUUAGAAAACAAACAGAAAUGACUGGGGAUGGGGUUUUAUUUGCAGUUUCUGUGUUGCUUAUUUUCUAAAAGGCUACAAUUUAAUGUGUGUGCACAAUAAAGAUCAUAGCCAACUA